AUGCCGAUCAAGACGACGACUAGGAAGUUGGCAACCACGGCGACAGGGAAGACGGCGGCCAAGACGACAGGCACGACGGUCAAGACAACAGGCACGACGGUGCUAGGGAAGACAGCGGCCCCCUGUCCCAGGCAGCUGGGGGAUCCUCUGCGUCGGUCGAUAGAGCGAACUGGAGCAGUGAAUGUCAUUUCAUCUGGACUGAGUAUAGACUUGGAGCGGAGGUUUCAGGAGCUUAAACAUCAUCUGGGCAAUGGAGUUAUGGCAACCACCCACCCCUCAAGCUCCAGCAUUAAUGAUCGUUCCUUAGCUAAGAAGGUGAUCUGGGCGGACUCUGCUGGACUGGACCUGGCUCAAGUUACCUUCUUCAGCAAGGAUGACUCCCCUACUGCUCCUACCCCUAGUGCUCCUGCUCCAGCUGUAAAGGACACGGACGGCAAGGGAGCGCCUGCGGAUCAGCCUUGGACCGAAGUGCAUUACAAAAGGAACGGACGCCUCGCUCCUCCUGGCAAACCGUCCUACAAAGAGGCCCUCCUCUCCGCAGCCCCACCCUCCUCUUCACGCAACCCUCCAUCACCUCUGCGCAACGCUCUCUCGCGCAACCCCCCGCCGCCACCUCUGCGCUUCGCUCCCGCGCAUCGCUCCCGUGCCUCACUCCCUUCGCGCCACCCUCCACCACCUCUUCGUAACACUCUUCGCAACACUCCCCCCAAGCGCUCUUUCAAGGAUCGCAUGCUCCCCCCCCCCUUCACUCUGCUGAGCCCUCCCCCUCCCAACUUCAACCACAUUGACAAGAGGAUUGAAGGGUGGAAGGCCAAGCUCCUCUCCCAAGGAGGGAGGUUGAUCCUCAUGAACUCUGUCCUUUCAAAUAUGCCACUUCAGUUCCUCUCCAUCUUUAAAGCUCCACAAUGGGCUCUGCGCCAAAUUGAAUCCUUGAGAAGAGCUUUCUUUUGGCGCGGACGCACAAACAUAUCUGGAGGGGCAUGCCUC